AUGUCGGAUGUAUCAGGCGGAGAACUGCUGUCGCAUAAAAGAAACGUGGAUUCAGCGGCUAAUGAGAAUGAUGACAUGCAAAAUAAAAGACAGAAAACAGAGGAGUUGGGCGGCCAUGAUGACCAACUUAAUGACAUUUUCAACGAUCCACUCCCAGGAUUUGGUGGUAGCGAAAGCAAUUCAACUCCAUAUAAUGAUAAUGCGCAGGAGGGAGAAUUGGGGCCUGAAAAUUUCGAUGCUACAUUGCCGAAGGAAGGCGACCCGCUUGACAUAGACUUUGACAAUUUGCCAACGAAUUUUUUGGAGGCUGAACAGGCGACAAAUGCAAACAAUGGGUCACAAGUAGACACACCUAGUGGACCUGGAUCGGUACCGAAUAUGUCAGUGACGACUAACUCAGCAAGUAUGUCGGCAUCUCCAAAUAACACACCAAGACCUACACCACUUUCAAAGACGAAUAGUCGGUCGGAGACACCUGUAGGUAACUCGUCAAGGGCCACGUACGAUGGAACCAAUCUAAAGCAAGAAUUUGGUAUUAAUGGUCUCUCAAACAAGCAGGAAGCCUUGAAUCGUUACUCGCAAAUGCCACCUACCAAUCGAAUGAACCACCUAGCGCCUCAACCUCAAGGGAUACAAGGAUUGAAUACGUCCAGUAUCGAUAGAAUUCCGAGCACAAGUACUAGUAAUAAAGAGCAAUUGCAUACCAAUGACCCAUCUAAAUUAAAUGACGCAUUGGCGGCCGCGGGGGUCGAUAUUCAACACGAAGAGGAAUUAUUGAUGCAACAACAUUUAAAUAGAUCAUCAAGAUUCCCAUCGGCACAGCAACCUCCUAGACAAAGAUUUGCGCAGACCUCGUUAUUCAGUCCAUAUCAUGUGGCAGCAUUUAUGCAAAGGGUGGCCAGGGAAAAUGGCGUUAUGCAAAACUUUUACCAGGAUGCCGAGCUACUUGAAUUAAUGUCGACUUCUUGUGAAAACUGGCUAUCCAACAUAAUAACAAAGACCAUCAUUUUGUCACGUCACCGUCGAAGAGGAAUACCAACAAUCACCAAUACCAAACAGAAUAAAAAGACUGCAUCAAGUUCGGCUUCCAUGUCUAACCCUGCACUGAGGUCUGAGCUUUCGAAGGAGCUCAGAAAUCUCGCUGCCAAGCAGAAAGAAAUGGAGGAAAGAAGGGUAUCAAAGCGCAUGGCCCUAGGCCUAGAAAAGGAUGGUACUGAUCCUGGCAAUGGAGACCCUGCAAAUGGUAAAGCUGGGGCCGAGGAAACGUUACAUAGAGCAGCUAAUGCUACUGCUGCAAUGAUGACAAUGAAUCCUGGCCGUAAGAAGUAUUCUUGGAUGACUGCCAAUGCUGGAUCAGGUGGCGGUGAUGAUAGUAAGGUUGCCAGUGAGAAAGAUGGGAAAAGCAAACAAAGUUCAAUCAUUGCUGCUAGAGGUGAUAAUGGGUUACGUUUCCGUGAGAUAAGGUCUGGUAAUUCUGUUACUAUGAAAGAUCUUUUAGGUGCAUUAGAAGACGAAAGAAUGGGGACAGAGAAGGCUGUCUUAAAAGGAUAUGCCAAAUUGAAGGAUUAA